AUGGUCAAUUGGAAGUUUUCAUCUCUACUCUUGCUCUCCCUACGAGCUCUCGGCACCGUUGCUGAGCCCGCAAAGCAAGCAGUCGACGAGCCUCAAACUCCCAACCUCAAUGUCGCCGUCUCCGUGUCCUUCCCCCAGUCUGAGAUCUUUGGCGUCAAGCUCAUCAACGGCCAGCCCACGCAGGCGCGUCUGUCCGUGGUCAACAAUGAGCCCGCUCCUGUCGGCGUCACCAUUGUCGGUGGCUCGCUGAUCCAGGAAGUUGCAGGACAAUCCCAGAUCCUUCGCAACCUCACCCGCCAGCGCUACUCGAUCCAAAUUCCUGCUGGCGCCAACGAGACAAUUCCUUACAGCUUCACGACAGAAAUGCACCCUCAGAACCUUCGUCUUCAGCUCGUGACUGUGCUGAAGGAUAGCAAGAAUAACCUCAUCACCGUUCCGGUCUACAACGAGACUGUCAGCAUUGUUGAGGCACCUACCAGCUUCUUUGACCCUCAGAUUAUCUUCCUAUACCUCGUUCUCCUCGGCGCGUUCGGUGGAACUGUCUACUUUGUCUACAACACCUGGAUCUCUACCUUCUUUCCCCAGAAGAAGGGCCGCGGCAAGGGUGGCGAGCGCGCUAAGAUGUCCUCAGGCCAGAGCAAGAAGGUCGAUCCCGCCGACCAGGUUGCUGUCGUCGGCGCUGAUGGCCCCGCUGUUACUUCAGGUGCAAAGGCCUACGAUGAGAGCUGGAUCCCCGCCUCCCACCUCCAGCGCCCAGAAGCCAAGCGCGUCCGCAGCGGUGCGAAGCCCCGAGCUUAG